AGAUCUCCUUCUGGUUCGUUUGAAAACACUUGAGUAUCUUAUAGUUAUAAUCCAGAUUUCUCAUACCUUUCUCAAGACGAGAACGAAUUUGCUGUUCUACCAGCAAAAUCCCAGUAAAGAUUCUCUAGUUCUUGGCAUUCUCAACCUUCCGGAAAAGGACAGUAAGCCGUCUGAGGAGUAAUGCAGUCCGCCACUGCACAUACGAUCUUCCUUUGCGAUCGGGCUGAUUUGCAAUGGCAGCCGAUGACAUGGAAGUACUAAUAGCAGGUCAGAGCGGCCUAUGUACUGACACGGCGGGUCAAGUAUAUUCUCCAGGCUCGAUCCGGCCCCACAAUGCUUUUCUUCGCGCUCCUCACACAGGCUUCUUUCGUGGCCGCGAAGCCUACACUAGACGAUUCACGGCCCUAUUAUCACUUUCUACAGACCAGACAAGAGUAUGGCAGGCAGAGCAACAAUGCCUCUGCGACCGAGAUCGAUCUCGGAUAUUCCAUCUACAGAGGCGUAUCAAAUAGCAGUUCAGGGUUGAACAUCUACAAAGGGUUUGUCAAAUAGUAAUUUACCAAAAGCGUCACUAAAGAAAGUUCAGGAUUCGAUUCGCAGAAGCACCAACUGGCAAACUGCGAUGGCAGGCUCCACGAGCUCCAGUUCUCAACCGUAGUGCAGUCAUGGAUGCCUCAGAAUAUGCAUCCAUAUGCCCCCAGAAUUCGGCCGCAACUGCCACGAUGAGGCCGACGAACCAGACUGGUGCUGCUGAAGACUGCUUGUUCUUGAAUGUCUGGACUCCGAACAACGC